CGAAGCUCCCCAUUGCGCGCAUUUCGCCCGCAAUGGGUUUCCCGCGGGGAAGUAUCCGGAGCUUCUCGCAGAGUGCAUUCUUGCAGGCAAAAAAGUACACUGAGUCACACGAGUGGAUCGAGCUUGCCAACAACGGCAAGACUGCCAAGGUUGGAAUCACCGAGUAUGCUGCUCAGUCCCUUGGCGAUGUCGUCUUCGUCGAGCUCCCCGAGGCGGGCCUGGAAGUCAGCGCUGGCGAGCCCGUCGGGGCUGUGGAAUCAGUCAAGUCCGCUUCGGACGUUCUGUCUCCUGUGUCUGGAACGGUUGUGAAAGGUAACACUAUCCUUGAUGACAAGGCCAAGGCUAUCAACGAGAACCCUGAGGGUGAUGCCUGGAUCGCCGAAAUUGAGGUCAACGAUGCCACAGAGCUGGAAGGAUUGCUGGACGCAGAGGCCUACAAGGCACAGCACGAGUAAGAAACUGAUAGGUGCGGAUUUGAGAUAAAUAUAUCGGCAGGGUUUGCGUGGUUUCUUCUUGUUGUCUACUGUUUUGGUUUUUAAAAGCGUUAUAUGAUUUUGUAUGACUGGGUGUGGUUUCCUUCAACGAAGAUGCUCGACAUAUACGUCGAGUUUACAAUGGCUAGACCUUUGUUCAACAGUCACGGUCUAAUAUAUACAUGUUUGAUAUUAACCAAUCGGUGCUAGGCGU